GCAAAAGAACAUUUUCAUAAUAAAAUCCUCAAGUAAAAGUAAAAAGUUCAGCACAGUAAAAGUAAUUUUUUAUAAAGUUUCUCAAGUAAAUUUAAAUUAGUAAACGUAACUAGUUAUUACUGAAUUCUGGAUAUUAUGCACUAAAAUUACAGUUCAAACCAAGUUCUGGCUGUUAGCAAGCCUGCAGAAAUAAUAAAUAACUUUAAUAUAACGUCAUUCAUGGCUGAAAGAUCUGAAAAACAAAAACAUUGGCAUCAAUCAGUCUUUGAAGAGACGCCAGAGAACGCAAUCAAUCAAAAUUAUUCCAAAAGCUUAUUGAUUAUUCACCAUGGAGGUCAAAAAUACUGCUCCAGUUAAGGUCAGAGGUCAUGAUAUAACAAUACAAAUCAAAUGAUUUGAGGCUACUUUGCUUCCUUCAACUGGGCAACUUGCUUUCAUUAAUUAAAUCUUUAAUUUUCCUCUGUUGCUUUGACUCUGCAGCAGGACUAAAGGAAGCCUCAACGUGGCCUAGUCAAAAUUUGGACUGAUAUCCAUCUUGGAUAUUGUAGAUAUUUGUGCUUCUGAAUUCAAGCAUUUCUCCAAAGGAAACUGGGCCAAUCUUAAAAUAACAGAUACAUUGUCCCAAAGUAAGUUUUCUAAAAUCAUUUUAAAACUGCUGACAUCACCCUACUACACUGCAAAAACAGAAAAUCUUACCAAGUUGUUAGUACACUUGAAAUAUUACAAAACUAACUAAAAAGUAACUUUUCAGCAAGUUAUAGUAGAUAAGCCUAUAAUUCCUUAAUAUUGAUGAAAAAGUACAAAUAAGUGAAAUAAAUAAUAAUAUUUAAUCAAUAUUCACAAAUGAUUUACAGAAAAGUUCCCAUAUAUUGCUGAAAAGUUACUUGUAAGUUAGUUUUGUCUUAUUUCAAGUGUACUAAGAUAUUUGCACUAGAAACUAGACAAAAAUACUUGGUAAUAUUUUGUGUUUUUGCUGCGUAAAUGAAGAGCACACCUACCACUUUUGUUUGACUAAUAAACACUUAAGAAAACUCAGAUUCUUCCAGUCAAAUCCAUGACGACCAUUAAUGUUUAUGUUUGCCGAGCAGAGGCAGAAGUAAAGUUUAGAGGACAGGGAGGAGAAAUGAGGAUCGAAGUGAAAAUGGGACCAUUUGGCCAAAGGUGUGAAGUCCGACACACCUAUUUAACCGAACCGGCCGGGGCUGAGGGCUCUUACAGCGAAGACCGGCGACAGAAACACAGACUGACGACGAGCAAGAAGCAAAAUUAACAACUUUUUAGAGGAAAAAAGGAAAAGCCAGCUGAAGAAGUGAAGUUAUUUGCUGUAAAUGAGGAGGACAGGUGAGAAAAAGGGACAAGGAGAAUGCUGAAUGUGGAGAUGUUCCCGGGUCUGACUGUGGGACCUCAACGGAUGGGAGACUGCUACUACAGAGGUGAGAGGAAAAAUGGCUCCAUAAAACAGAGCAUAUUAUCAUCCAGAGUAAAAAUUCAAACGUUUAGAAGAACUGAGAAGCUGGAUGAUGAGUCGUUUAUCUUGUGUCCACUCACUAAAACUGACGAGUUUUGUUUUGCAGACAGAGAAGCUCCUGCACGUUUACCUCCAUUUCCUCCUGUUUGCGACGCGGCGCCGAGGCUUCUGGGCGCCAGGGAGUCGUCCUCCAAACGCCAAAAAGACGACGUGAAGAUGGAGUUGGAGAACUCGUCGUUAUGGAAGCAGUUCAGCUCCGUGGGAACCGAGAUGAUCAUCACCAAGAAGGGCAGGCGGUUGUUCCCGGGCCUGAGACUAAAACUGUCCGGUUUGAAUCCGUCUCUCCGCUACAUCCUCCUGCUGGACGUCGUCCCGGCAGAUAACUCCCGCUACCGCUUCCAAGGCGGCGGCUGGCAGGCCGUCGGCGGGGCAGAGGCCAGGCUGCCCGACCGGGUUUUCAUCCACCCGGACUCGCCCGCCACCGGUGCCCACUGGCAGAGCCGCACCAUCUCCUUUCAUUACGCCAAGCUCACCAACAACACCCUGGACGCACAGGGACAUAUAAUCCUGCACUCGCUGCAUCGCUACCAGCCCAGAGUCCAUGUGGUUGAAGCCAGAGACAUGUUACGGUGGGGCGGAGGACAGCACUGCUUCGUUUUCCCCGAGACCCAGUUUAUCACAGUCACAGCUUACCAGAACAACAAGAUCACAGAGCUGAAGAUCAACUCCAACCCUUUUGCUAAAGGUUUUCGAGAGGAUGGCAUGAACAGCAAAAAGCAAAGAGACGCAAGACAGAAACGCAAGAUGGUCGCUCUAACGGAGACUCUGGAUAUUGUGAACUGUGAUCCCUGUGAAGCCGUUGAAGCUGCUGAACCCGAACCCUCCAGCUCGGACCUGCAGGCUCUGGCGCUCGCCUCUCUCCCUCCGCUGCCCGACUCUUCCUGCGGGUUCAGACCCGAGGAAGCGUCCUAUCCCGUCCCAGAGCCUGCACUGGACCUCACCCAGACCUUCAUGACCUCCCAGAUGUCAGAUAUCAGCGUCACGAUUCAGGAAACGCAGGAAAACGUAGCGGCACACAAUAUGAUUGAAAACUCAGACGUUAUGGCUGAAGCGAACUUUGACCCUAGCUUCUCUGCUGCUCCAUCCCAUCCUCACCCAUCCUUCCCUCCGGUGGAUUACCCUUCCAGCUCCUUCAGUUUCCCCACACCUCCACCUUCAGACACCUCUUCCUCCCCCGCUAAUAGCGCCUUCAUCCCGGAAACAAUCAGCCCCCACACUCCAGCUGAUUUCACCUGUCCGUCAAACCCACAAACAUCUCCUCCCUCUCAGGUGCGGCAGGGGGAACCGGAUGCUAAUGCAAGUAAUGGACGUUUAGCUCACACUUCGGCGGCUUUUACUUAUCCAAAUAUCCUCCCUAUGAAUGCAGAACCUGAAUAUUCUUUAGCUACUUUACCUGCCAAUGGUUCCUGCAACACUUUUGCGUUGCCGUCGCUUCCCCAGCAAAUUCAAACUCUGUCGUUUCCAAACGUAACUCCGAGCGCUGCUUUGAAUUUCCCCAACUUGACCCACCAAGCUCAGUUCGCGACUGCCCCCUAUCGCCCGGAGGUGGUACUGCACCGACAGGCUUUUAUUCCUCAGCCGACCUCCACGCCUGCGCCAGCUCUGUACCCUGCCUUCCCAUCAUACCCUCUCCACCUGCAUCAGGACCCCCACUCCGCUCUCUCUGCACCCUUCAGGCAUCUUUACAGACAGCACCAGCAGAGCCACCCUCGCUCCCAGGGGUCCUACAUCAGCACAAGAGCAGUGUUUUAGAAUA